AUUUUGAUUAUCUCCCUUGAUACAACUAUUAACCAAAAUUUAGUGCCGACAGACAGUUCUAGUGUAGUCCAACUGUGGCGUGCAAUGUGAUGCAAUUAUUGAAGGCAAAUUUGUAAGAUUUUUUCAAAUUGGUUAUGGCAACAUUAGAUGUGUUUGUUGGAAACUUCACCAUAAUUGACUUUGAGCUGUAUGAUCUAUGGCUUAAUGGAUUAUCAGAUGUGGAUGCUGCUCAUGUCUUACAGAAAGGAGAGUUACAACAUUGUCCUUGGGUCACAAUUGAGGACAUUGUCAGUGAGGUUCAUGACCAUUACAGACUCUUUAACCAUCUUGAGAAAAUAUUGAAAAAUCCAACACACCUUGCAGACCAACAAAUUCAUCAAAUUGAUGCAGAGGCACAAACACUUCUUAUUGAAAAAUAUUAUCAGUUUGAUGAAGUUGUCAUCAGAGAAAUUUUAGGAAAGAAAUUAUCUGGAAGAAAUAGGAAAGAUUUAGAUGAUGUCAGUGAAAAAACAAGAAUGAGUAUAAAAAAAUGUAGAAGACAGUUUGAUAAUUUGAAAAGAGUUUUUAAGACUGUAGAAGAAAUGCUGGGAUCCUUGGUAGACAAUAUAAAGACACACUACCAGAUAUCAGCUGAUUUAGCAAGGAAGUAUGCUGCUUUAGUAUUUAUUGCCAACAACAGAUUUGAAACUGGAAAGAAGAAACUGAGCCAAUACUCAUUGCUUACAUUUAUAAAAUGUGCAAAUCAGAUGAUAGCAAACUGGUCAUAUAGUGCUGAUGAAUGUAAAAGCCAUCAAGAUAUGGAUGUUGAUUUAGAUCGGAAAUUUCUACAAGAUCUGAGAGAUUUAAAGCCUUUACUGGAAAAAGAAAGUAUAGAAGAACACAGAAGUUUUGUUCUGCAAGCAUUGCGGUCUAGUAUUUCAAGGAGGGCAUUGCAAGAUCUGGAAGAUAACUUUAAGAAUGUAUCAAAGUCCAUUAUAAACAUAGCAAUGGGAUUGAAUCAUAGCAGAGAAGUUAGGGAUAUUUUCAUUGAUAUAUAUGAAAAGAUUGUGGAACCUUGUCAACAAGCUAGAUGGAGUAAGGAAGAUUUGCAAAGUUUUGUUACUGUUUACCAAGCUACAGCUAAAGAUAUGGAAUUAAUGAAAUAUCAACCAGAAUUACAGAUUGUAUGGGACAGAUACAUGAAUACGAUGAGUAAUUGUAUAUUAGAACUGUUUCCAUCCUGACAUUGCUGAUAACUAUGUUAUAAAUAUCUAGUCAAACACAAAAUCAUAAAAACUUGAUGAACUAUCAAGAUAGUUGUAAUUAUACCCAUACUGAACAGUUUAAGAUGUAGCUUGGUGUGAUGUAAUUAGAUUACUAUGGUUGCUGCCUCAUUACAUUCCAAAUAUUCAUAAACAAGAUGGCAGCGAAGAUCAACAUAUAUAUAUCAGAUAUUUGAUUGCAUAUUAUGCCAUUUUAUUGCAAUCAGUUAACAGUGUAACUUGAGACAAAUUUUUUUUGUGAAAAAUGUAUAUUAAAUGUUUACAGUUAUGACUGACAUAAAGUCAUUUUAUAAGCUUAAAUUUUUACUUGUAACUGUAGAUAAUAAUAAUAAAAAAAAAUUUCUACUGAA